AUGGGUAAGCUGAUAGAUGUAACAGGGGAGCUAGGCCUGCGCUAUCUUGGGGUUCAAAGGUCUGCUACUCUUGCAGAAGUAGCUAGCGAGGAUGGGUGGAAUCUUCGGAGAUGUGCCCACAGGAGAUACCCCCAUCUAUGCGACAAACUUGCAGUGACAGCUCGACCGGUAGCUACUUUGGGACCGGAUAUAGUUCUAUGGAGACACGGCCAGGAUGAUUUUAAACCAGUGUUCUCAGCGUCUAAAACCUGGGAAUACCUGAGAGUUGAGAAAGCCGUACUCCCAUGGCAUCGAAUAGUGUGGUUCCCUCAAGCGAUCCCUCGUCAAUCUUUUAUGGUCUGGCUAGCGUUUAAAGAUAGAUUAUCUACUGGGAUAAGGAUGCGAAGCUGGGGAGUUGAGCAGGUUUGUGUUUACUGUGGAGAAAAGGAUGAAAGUAGAGAUCAUUUAUUCUCUGCUUGCCCGUAUACUUUCACGGUUUGGAUGAAUGUAGCAGAACGAUUGCUUGGAGCAGCAAUUACGCCGGACUGGGCUGAUACAGUCACUUCGAUAAUGCGGCCAAACAGGAACAAGCUCGACACUGUCCUCAUCCGGUUAGUGUUUCAGACAUCUAUCUACAUGCUGUGGAGGGAAAGAAACUCAAGGAGACAUGGUGGUGCCAACAUGUCAGUAACACUGAUCACAAAGAACAUAGGGAAAAUGGUGAAGAACCGUAUUUCAUCUUUGAAGUACAGGGGGAAUCACAAACUAGAAGGCUUGCUCAGAAGAUGGUUUACUAUUACUGCAGUUUAG